GCCAUAGCUACUGCCUCUCAGAUAGGUGGAUUAGCUACACUAAUGGAAGAAGCUUUCCUGUUAGCAUAGUAGCAUCACCAGUAAAGCACGACAGCAGCACAGCUGCACCACUGCUGUGCUGUACGUGAAGAGAAGCCCUAAGACCGGAGGGAAUCACUGUGAUUUUCUAAUCUGAGCUCCUGCAUAACACAAGCUAGAGAACAUCCCUGAAUUUAUUCCUGUUUGACCUAGAAAAGGAUCUAAUCUUGAUUUAAAAAACAGCCUGUGAUGGAGAAUCCACCGCAACUCUUGUUAAGUUUUCUCAAUAAUGAAUUACCCUCACUGUUAUAAAUGUGUGCCUUAUUUCAAGUCUGAAUUUGUCAGCUUCAGUUUCUACCCAUUGGAUCUUGUUAUCCUUUGUUUGCUAGACUGAGGAACCCAUUAUCAAGUUUGUGUUCCUCAUGUAGGUACUUACAGACUGAUCAAGUCACCCCUUUACCUUGUCUUUGUUAAGGUAAAUUGAUUGAGCUUCUGGAGUCUCUCACUAUAAGACAUGUUUGCUAAUCAUUUACUCAUUCUUGUGGUACUUCUUUGAAUUCUUUCCAAUUUACCAAUUUCCUUCUUGGCUGACACCAGAAAUGGACACAGACUUCCAGCAGUAAUAGCACUAGUGCAUUGUCUGGGCACUAGCUUCAAGCAAAUGAACCCCUCAGCCCUGGCUCUCACCCCCUUUACUUACCCUGUGCAGUGCCCUUUGGAGGGGUAGAGUGACCAGACAGCAAGUGGGAAAAAUUGGGACAGGGUGGGGAGUCAUAGCCACCUGUAUAACAUAAAGUCCCAAAUAUCAAGACUGUCCCUAUAAAAUUGGGACAGCUGGUCUCCCUACUGAAGAGACAGGACAUAGGUGCUGGAACUAGGGUGCUGCCACACCCCCUGGUGUGAAGUGGUUUCCAUCAUAUACAGGGUUUACAGUUUGGUUCCAUGGCUCUUAGCACCCCCCCCCACUAUACAAACUGUACCCCUGAGGUGGGGCAAUUCCCACCCACCCCACAGGUGGCGUUCACGUGCUCCUUGCGUACACCCAAGCCAGCAGGGUUAGUGAGGGGCUCCAGGGCUGCAAUCCACACCGCAGUCACCCUGGACAGGGAAGGGCAGUGGUCUGGGUGCACCCCCUGCCCAGGGCUGAGAGCGGGGGGGGGGGGGCCGAGGGAGGCUGGGGAUGUCCCAGACCUGCACCCAAAUCCCUCUGAGAUGUAACGUGCAAGCGUCCGGCACUACAACUCCCAGCAGGCAAAGCGAGUUUUGUCCCGGAUGCGCUGCAGCAAUGUGACCGAUGAGGAAUUGACUAGGGCGGCCACCUUUGUGCGGGGCGCGCCACCACCUUCCCCGCUGCGGCGGACAUCUUUGUGUGGGGCGCUUUUCGCCCUUCGCUCCCCCGACUUCCUUUUUUUCUUGAAUCAGCCGGCGGCCCGAUGGAAGAUGGAGGGGCUGGCCGGGGGCGCGCAGGCGCAGUAAGCGGGCGGCGACUGCCCGCCGGGCUGCACAAUGGGGCCGCUGGUGGCGUGGACGCUGCGAGUGGCUGCCUGGUCCCAGCUGGUUCCCAGCCCGGGGAGCAGCGCGGCAGAUGCAAAAUGGAAACAUUUCAUUGGCCAGAUUGACAGAGCAGUGGAGAGCUACAGACCAUGUAUAAGGGAGAACUGCAGCUGCUACCAAAGUGUUAGGGAGCGGGACUUGGCUCCCUUUCAAGGAGGCAUCUCCAAGGACCUGCUGUCCGAUGUGGUUAGCCGGAAGCUUGGGACGCACUACCAGAUCAUCAAGAGCAAGUUGUACCGUGAGCAUGACUGCAUGUUCCCUGCUAGAUGUAAUGGGGUCGAACAUUUCAUUCUGAAGAUCAGCAGCCGCCUCCCAGACAUGGAGAUGGUAAUCAAUGUGCGAGAUUACCCCCAGGUCCCCAAGUGGAUGAAGCCAGUCAUGCCAGUAUUCUCCUUCAGCAAGACUUCUGAGUACCAUGAUAUCAUGUAUCCCGCCUGGACGUUUUGGGAAGGGGGACCAGCUGUUUGGCCAAUUUACCCGACAGGUCUUGGGCGCUGGGACUUAAUGAGAGAGGACCUCCGAAGAUCUGCAGAAAAAUGGCCGUGGAAGAAAAAAAUCUCCAAAGGAUAUUUUCGAGGAUCCAGAACAAGUCCUGAGAGGGAUCCCCUCAUUGUUCUGUCUCGAGAGAACCCAGAACUCGUCGAUGCUGAGUACACUAAAAACCAGGCCUGGAAAUCUGAAAAAGACACACUUGGGAAACCGCCUGCGAAGGAAAUUCCUCUGGUCGAUCACUGCAAAUACAAAUACCUGUUUAAUUUCCGAGGGGUAGCAGCCAGUUUCCGCUUCAAACACCUCUUCUUGUGUAGCUCAUUGGUCUUUCAUGUAGGGGAAGAGUGGCUUGAGUUCUUCUACCCACAGCUGAAGCCUUGGGUACAUUACAUACCAGUCAAACCAGACCUCUCUGAUGUCAGGGAGCUGUUGCAAUUUGUAAAGGAAAAUGAUGAUGUAGCACAAGAAAUUUCAGAGAGGGGGCACCAGUUCAUCAUGGACCACUUGCAGAUGGAGGAUGUCUCUUGUUACUGGGAGACUCUGCUGACUGAAUACUCUAAAGCCCUGACUUACAAAGUUAAGAGGAGGAAAAACUAUGAUGAGAUUGUCUCCAAACACUUGAAAACAGAACUUUAAAACCAUUGUGGUUCUCUUUCCAAUUCAAGGCCUGGGACUGGUGGUCACUGAAAAUCCAAAAACUGGUGUACCUUCUGUUACUCUUCUUCCCUUAGGCUUGGUCUACACUACGCAUUUAAACCGAAUUUAGCAGCGUUAAACCGAUUUAACCGUGCACCUGUCCAC